GUUCAUCAGAAGACUCACACAGGAGAGAAGCCUUAUUACUGCUCUGACUGUGGAAAACGUUUUAAAACAUCAACUCAGCUAAAAGUUCAUCAGAAGACUCACACAGGAGAGAAGCCGUAUUACUGCUCUGACUGUGGAACUAGUUUCUCUAAUCUGGGCACCUUAAAAACACACCAACGUAUACACACAGGAGAGAAGCCCUACUCCUGCUCUGACUGUGGGGCGAGUUUCUCUAAUCUGGGCACCUUGAAAACACACCAACGUAUACACACAGGAGAUAAGCCUUACGUCUGCUCUGACUGUGGAAAAUGCUUCAAAACAUCAACUGAGCUAAAAGUUCAUCGGAGAACACACACAGGAGAGAAGCCGUAUUACUGCUCUGACUGUGGAACUAGUUUCUCUCAACUUUCCCACUUAAAUUCACAUGAACGUAUACAUACAGGAGAGAAGCCUUACUCCUGCUCUGACUGUGUCAAAUAUUUCAAAACAUCAAAUGAGCUAAAAGUUCAUCAGAGAACACACACAGGAGAGAAGCCUUACGUCUGCUCUGACUGUGGAAAAUGCUUCAAAACAUCAACUGAGCUAAAAGUUCAUCAGAGAACACACACAGGAGAGAAGCCUUAUUCCUGCUCAUACUGUGGAAAAUGUUUAAAAACAUCAAAUGAGCUAAAAGUUCAUCAGAGAACACACACAGGAGAGAAGCCUUACGUCUGCUCUGACUGUGGAAAAUGCUUCACAACAUCAACUCAUCUAAAAGUUCAUCAGAGAACACAUACAGGAGAGAGGCCUUAUUACUGUUCUGACUGUGGAAAAUGUUUUAAAACAUCAAAUGAGCUUAAAGUUCAUCAGAGAACACACACAGGAGAGAAGCCUUUCUUCUGCCCUGACUGUGUAAAAUGUUUUAAAACAUCAACUCAUCUAAAAGUUCAUCAGAGAACACACACAGGAGAGAGGCCUUACUCCUGCUCUGACUGUGUAAAAUAUUUCAAAACAUCAACUGAUCUAAAAGUUCAUCAGAGAACACAUACAGGAGAAAAGCCUUACUCCUGUUCUGACUGUGGGGUAAGUUUCUCUCGACUGGAUACCUUAAAAAGACAUCAACAUAUACAUGAAGGAGAGAAGCCAUACUCCUGCUCUGCCUGUGUAAAAUGCUUCAAAACAGCAACUGAGCUAAAAGUUCAUCAGAGAACACACACAUGAGAGAAGCCUGCUUACGUCUUCUCUGACAUUUGGGUGAGUUUCUCUCACCAUAGCAACUUAACACACCAAUGUAUACACACAGGGGAGAAACCUUACUCCUGCUCUGUGGAAGGGUGGGCGUGUAACUCUAACGUCUAGCCAAAGGCUGCGUGUUUGAAUCUCAUCAAGGAGGACUUUAGCAUUUUAGCUUAUUAGCAACUUUGCAAUGACUUAAUACUUUUUUGCUAUGUUAGCAUGUUAGCUUAGCAUGCAACUACUUAGCAUGUUAGCUAACCUUUACCCUAAACCCAUUUAAGUCUACCUUAAACCCCUCACCCCUAACCUAGCUAACGUUAGUAACAACAAAUUGGAAUUCGUAACAUAUCAUACAUAUUACAAGUUCGUAAGAUAUUGUAUGAAUAGCAAUGCGUAAAAUAACAUACGAAUUGUAAUUCUUAACAUACGAUACGUCCUACAAGUCGUAUUAUAAUGAACAACAAUCUAAACGCCACAAUUUCAAAGACUAACAGUUUGUCUAAGGAAAUCAGUCAAUUGAAAUUACUGAGGCCCUAAUCUAUGGAUUUCACAUGACUGGGCAGGGGCUCAGCCAUGGGUGGGACUUGGGAGGGCAUAGGCCCA